AUGCUGUUAGUUUUUCUCCUCCUUCCUUCCCUAUGCUGGGCGGCUUUAGAGGAUUGCUUUGAGCGCAUUCGCAACCACACACUUAUUGGUACGACUGUCGUGACACUCGAUGAUGUUACCUUGGCACAGUGCCAACAUGCUUGCCUUGAGGCAAAGAAACAAAGUUGCAGAUCAUUGAUGUACCAUGCUGCAAAGAAGCGAUGCUAUAUGAAUUCCGAGGAUAUGAAAACGCGUGCAUCACAGUUUUUCCCAAUUUUGGAAGCAGUAGACUACUACCACAGGACAUGUUAUUACAAGCCAAGCUCUCCAGUCAAACGUGAAUCGGUUUUUGAGGACAGUUGUUACGAAAUUAUCAAGGGCAAGGUAUUGAUUGGCAUAGUGGAUCAACUGAUACAGGACGUGACUUCACUUGAUCAAUGUAAGAGGCGUUGUCAAAAGAGUAAGGAAGCUAGCGAUAUUAUCUGCAAAAGUGCCAUCUACUACGAGAAGGACAGGGAGUGCAUUAUUGCGUCACAGUCACGUAUGGAUAUUCCCGAUCUAUUUAUUGAAGACGAUCAAGCAGUUUACAUCGAGAACACAUGUCUCAACCAAAGCGGGGCUAAUAUGAAGAAGCUGAAGAAUAUGGCGGAAACGGUUUCGGAAACCACUCAGCAGACGACAACCUCGACAACUGAGCCACACAAUAUUGUCGAAUUAUCUGGCUAUGAAACUCCAUCAGAAACUGUAUCCAAUGAACUCCAAGCAGAUGUGAUUACAACUUCCACGCCUACUACUACCAUCACUACGACCACGACAACGGAGAUACCCACGACUAGCUUUGAUGCUAAGGUCAUCGACUCGUAUAAUGUGGAUCCUGUUGUGAAAUCACCACCUACAACGGGUUACGGGAGACGUUUGCGUGAUUCGAGGGUCAAGGAUUGCUUUACAGCUCUUGAUUUGUGUGCUCUAAGCUCCAUGCAUAUCAUUGAUGGCGGCAGCAUGCAAGAACUCGAUGGAAUCGUUUACCACAAUAGGCAUGACUGUUAA